AUGAGCAUGUGUGAAGAAUACGAUGAAUUGAGCGAAAAACUGCUACAUGAAACCACAGCUGCAACUAAGCAGAAUAUCGAAAAAUUAGAUACUUACGUACAUUCAAGUCAAAAAUUAUCACUGUCAGCCGCCUGUAUUGACUCACCAGUGCCUGUUUUAAAUCCACAAAAACCUUCGUUCUCAUCAGUCUUUAUAACAACAACAACAGGUAGUUUACAAAUCGGUGCAAGAAUGAGUGCAGAAAAGAAACGUAAAAACGCAAAUUCGACUCAAACAAUACCAGUAAAAAAGCGGAAACGACCGAAAAUAAUAGUGACUACAGCUGUUCCAUGUCCUGAUGAUGAAGAAUUAAAUGAAAAAGAUUCCGCUGCAGAAGAAGAGUAUUUUGAUGAGUUAGAAUACAUCGAAAGAGAGACAAAAUUGGCCAUCCGUUACAAUAAAUUGCUGCAACAGAAUGCAAAGUUAAAUAUUCAACUUAUUGAAAUAAAAAAACAACUCAAAACACAAGAGCAAAACUCCAUUCCAUACACUCCACUGCCCGUACAAGAAUGGUUGAAACAAACCGCUGAAUUAAUGGCAAAUUUACAACCAGAAUUGUUGACUGAUAAUCAGUUAGCAAAAUUCAUUUUAUUAUCACAUUCAUCGUCUGAAGAAGUUCGACAAACGAUAAAACCCAACAAAACAACAACAGCAUGUCAUUUUACCAAGUUGUGUUUUGAUGAAAAUGAGUUAAAAACAUUACCUGCCAAAACAAUUCCGCAGGCAACUGUUGAUUUAAUAAUCAAAUUUUCAGAACUUUGUUUUCCUAAUGACCAUGUGACUCCCGCAGCCGCCGUUCGCUCAGCUAUUUUUAAUAUAUUUCGCGUAGCUCGAAGAGAAGCGUAUUCUAGUCAAGUGAAAGAACAUGAACAACAAUCCAAUCCAAUCGAAGAAGAUGAUUAG